AUGUUCCGAAACACGUACGACAGCGACAACACGGUCUUCUCUCCACAAGGUCGAUUGCAUCAGGUGGAAUAUGCGCUCGAAGCGGUCAAGCAAGGAUCGGCGGUCGUAGGUCUGCGCAGUCAAACACAUGCGAUCCUCGUGGCGCUUAAGCGAGCGCCUUCCGAGCUUGCUAGCUACCAGAAGAAGAUGUUGCGCAUCGACAACCAUAUGGGUAUUGGGUUUGCCGGGCUCACCUCGGACGCGCGUGUUCUGUCCACGUACAUGCGACAGCUCGCCCUCUCUUCUCGUCUCGUCUACGACCGACCUCUACCCAUCUCUCGCGUCGUGGAAUCGCUCGCAGAUCGAGCACAGUUCAACACCAUGGAUUACGGCAAGCGACCCUACGGUGUUGGGUUUCUGAUUAUCGGCGUCGACUCCACCGGUCCGCAUCUGUACGAAUUCACACCAACAGCCAACUGCUUCGAGUACUACGCCAUGUCGAUUGGCGCGCGCUCGCAGUCCGCAAAGACCUACCUGGAACGCAAGUACACCGAGUUCUCCGAUGCCAGCCUGGACGACUUGAUCCUGCACGGACUCUAUGCGCUCAGAGAUACUCUGCCGCAGAACAAGGAUUUGGAGCUCGACCAGGUCAGCGUAGCUCUCGUAGGCCCAGGUGCGGAUGCCGACGUCAACUCGCCAGAGGCGAGAAACGGCGAGAAGUUCACGCUCGUUGAGGGCGAGCAGUUGAGGCCGUACAUGGACAGGUUGGAGCCAAAGACGCUCCCGGGUGCUCGGGCGACAGCCGUGACGACCCAGACAAGUGAGGGCGGUGAGGCUACAGCCGCCGAUCCACCAGCUAUCGGUGGGGAGGCACCAAUGGAGGAUUAG